GUAAAUAAACAUCGCGUACGAAGGACUUGCUUUGUUACUCCCGAUCACCAAAUUCGAUUUAUUUUUAUUUACUAUUUUAAGCCGUUCCUUUAAAAAAAUAUUUCACCAAAUUUAUCUCCUUCGUAUCAAAAUUUAUUUAACAAACAGAUUAAGUUGCAACUCGUCUUUUUGAAUUCAAGGGCUGCUUUUCUGAAGAAAACAAAAAGUCGCAACAUCGAUCUUCGGGUCGAGUCGAUUUUUUCGCUAGUUGUACAUCUGCCUCAAAAGGGUCCAGCUUGCCUCUUUCACUAAUCUCAAUCACCGAUUGUUUUCUUCAUUUCGAGACUCGCGGGCCCGAAUUUGCGAGGAAUCUGCUCUUGGCAGAAGUCUUCAUCAACCAAGUGGCAUUAAUGUUCGGCACUUAUGUACUCUCACCUCUCCCAUGGUAGCACGAACAGCAGCAAUGUGCGGCCUGUUUACCGCAACGGGGACCCGCCGUGGGUGUUGAAGACCCCUGCCGCCGAAAACCCUUUGCUCAAAAUCCCGCACCCGGUUGAAAUGAACCCCAAGGCGAUUCCCGUGUCCAUUCCCGCUCCAGGGCUGCUGGCCUCAAGUUCGACGACGGCCGAUCUUGCAGCAGCCGCCAGCCAGCAUUUCAGCUACAAUUACUCCCUGAUGAACCAGAUGUACCCCUCUGGAUACAAGUGCGAGUUGGUUGGCGGAGCCAGCAGCGGCAGCAAAAAGUCCAGUGGCAAGGGCGUGCACCUGUGCAAGUGCGGCGCCGCCUUCGGCAAUAGCUCCGAGCUCAAAGCGCACCACAGCCAUGCUCACCACAAGGAGCUGGAGGCCUCCACGGGAGUCGCAACUCGCAAGGGCUGCGACCUCUGUGGUGGCGAAAUUCACAACAGAAACAAGAAAAGGUUCCAAAAUAGAACCCGAUGCCAGAAUUGCAUCGACGACUGUUUGGCCGCUCAGGGUGUGAAAAGCCGGUACCAGAGAAGGCCAGCUUGCCCCCAAAAAUGUAAAAACUGCAAUGGAUCAGGUGUUAUUUUUGAAGGAAGGGAUGAAAAACCAUUCCACUGCACGCUGUGCAACAACUCAUUCUCGCGGUACUCGUCAUUGUGGAGCCACAAACGCCUCCAUUCGGGCGACAAGCCGUACACCUGCGACCAGUGCGACGCGUCCUUUGCCAAACAGGCGUACCUCAAGAAUCACAAGCGAGUUCACUCGGGCGAGAAGCCCUUCAAAUGCAACACGUGCGGCCAGGAGUUCAGCCAGGGGCCUCACCUCAAGAACCACGAGCGCAUCCACACCGGUGAGCGACCUUACGUGUGUGAGGUGUGUCAGAAAAGGUUUUCAAGACACUCAACCCUGUGGAACCACCGUCGCAUCCACACAGGCGAGAAGCCGUACCGCUGCGACAUAUGUGGUUCAGCCUUCUCUCAGGGUACACACCUGAAAAACCACCGAAAAGUACACACGGGGGAACGACCCUUUCGUUGCGACAUCUGCGACGUUGGCUUCAGCGACCGGUUCACGCUGAAGAGGCACAGGAAUGUGCACGGCGCUGUGCCCAACGGCGGCGGCAGCAGCAGCAACAGCAACCACGACCCUGAAGAACCUUCAGGCCCGAGUCUGGUCGACCUGUACAAAUGCGAGGUGGGCCAAGUGGCGUUCCCAGGCUGCCAGCGGCCACCCGAGGACGACAAGCCCUUAUAGUGGCUGCUAGUCCUCAUUUCAGUUCACUGAUCGCCUCUGCCAAAAUUGCUUGGCCUAUGCGAUCUCGUCAGAUCCAACCAGCCUAAAAGAAGAUCAACUCGACGGUCACUCUUUGAAUUACUGACAUUAUGAACUUGGAAAAAACUGUGUACCAGUAGUUUUUUUAUUUCGUGGAAUAUUGGUGUUUUUCGCCUUGAAACAUCAGUUUGGUUCUACGUUGAAAAAACAUUUGCCCCCGUAGCAGCGUGAUAUGGAAACUUUCCUGAAAUACUCGACUUGUGCGCAAAGCAAAUAACGAUUUUUUUUGCAAUACAAAUUUAUAAUAACGAUUGACAGAUUUUCUUUUCUAACAAACGGUGUUACCUAAACU